UGUAGUAGACUUCCUAGUUCCUAGGAUAAAAUUCAGCAUGCACCACAAUUAGACAUUUCAAAUUUUCAUAUAUAGUUAAGUUAGUUUGCAAUGAUAUUUUGUAUACACCACCAACUUAAAGUUACACUCAUAACACUACUAUCUCCCUCCCCUCCUCCCCAACUCCACCAUGGAAGAAGAAGCCCCCUCACUCUCCACCACCACCACAAGCCCUCUCCUCCUCCACGAGCGGUGUGGCCACCACCUCCGCCUCAAAACCACGCUCUGCGCCGAGCUCUCCGGCGCAGUGGGUGACCUCGGCACCUACAUCCCCAUCAUCCUCGCCCUCACCCUCGUCUCCCACCUCGACCUCAGCACCACCCUCAUCUUCACCGCCCUCUAUAACUUCACCACCGGCCUCCUCUUCGGCAUCCCCAUGCCCGUCCAGCCCAUGAAGUCCAUCGCUGCCGUCGCAAUCUCCGAGUCUCCCCACCUCUCCCUCCCCCAAAUCGCCGCCGCUGGUCUGUCCACCGCCGGAGUCCUCCUCCUCCUCGGGGUCACCGGCCUCAUGUCCUUCCUCUACCGCUUCCUCCCCUUCCCCGUCGUCCGUGGCGUCCAGCUCUCUCAAGGCCUCUCCUUUGCCUUCACCGCCGUUAAGUACAUUCGCUUCAAUCAAGACCUCGCCGCCUCCAAAUCCACCUCCCCUCGGCCCUGGCUCGGCCUCGAUGGCCUCCUCCUCGCCCUCUCUUCCCUUCUCUUCAUCGUCCUCGCCACCGGAUCCGGCGACAACGAUCACACUCACAAUCCCAGCACUGAAAACACAAUCAAUCGUCGCCGAUCACCAAGACUUAAUCAACGACUGAAAGUUUUAUCCCAAAUUCCUGCAGCUCUCGUAGUUUUCUUAUUUGGGCUGAUUUUGUGCUUUGUCCGCGACAUUUCAAUCUUGGGCGAUCUCAAAUUUGGGCCCUCUAAGAUAACCUUGUUGAAGAUUACAUGGGAAGAUUGGAAAAUUGGGUUUGUUCGCGGAGCAAUUCCCCAAAUCCCACUGUCAAUCUUAAACUCUGUGAUCGCCGUCUGCAAAUUAUCCGGCGAUCUGUUUCCAGACAGGGAGGCGUCAGCGAGGACGGUUUCGAUCAGCGUAGGGGUCAUGAACUUCGUCGGGUGCUGGUUCGGGGCAAUGCCUGUAUGCCAUGGAGCUGGAGGGCUUGCUGGGCAGUACAGAUUUGGAGGGAGGAGCGGGGCUUCGGUUGUGUUUUUGGGGAUUGGGAAGUUGGUUUUGGCUCUGCUGUUUGGGAACUCAUUUGUGAGUGUUCUGAACCAGUUUCCGAUUGGGAUUCUUGGGGUGCUCUUGCUUUUUGCUGGGAUUGAAUUGGCCAUGGCUUCGAAAGAUAUGAAUUCAAAGGAAGAGUCUUUUGUGAUGUUGGUUUGUGCUGCGGUUUCUUUGACUGGUUCUAGCUCUGCGUUGGGUUUUGGGUGUGGGAUUUUGUUGUUUUUGUUGCUCAAAUUGAGAGAGUUGGAGUUUUCUAGAGUUGGGUUUCUGAAAUCCAAGUCAGAAGAAUCAUCCAAAGAUGAUGAAGCUACUAGCUUGAUCCCUUGAGGUUUUGGGUUGGCCUGUUUUUGGUUCAAGUUGAAGGUGCUUGCUUGGUGGUAGUUCGUGCAAAUACUGCAAUGAGGGUUGGUUGCAGUUUUGGAUUUUCCCUCCACAGUGCAAGACCAAUAAUGGAGCCCUUUUAAUUUCCUAUGUCAUGGAAUAUAUGCACUAUAGUUUUUGGGUUUUGUUUCUUCUGGACUUUUUUUACAUUUACAAGCUACAUGUAUUAUGUUCUUUAUUGUGCAGAUAUAAAAUUACAAUGAUACAAUGAAAAAGAGAAGAUGUAAUAAUGUAAAGCCUAUAUGAGAUAUGAGAUCAGCAUUGCUUUUACAUUA